CUGUGUCAUUACACGAAUUUUCUCUGUAGUGGAAGGACGUGCGAUACCUAACAAACAAAAAAUGUCUGCUGCUGCCUCACCUGCACCAAAGGCCAAGAAGGCUGCCAAGCCUAAAAAGCCCGCAACGCACCCUAAGUAUUCCGACAUGAUCAAGGCAGCUCUCACAGCUUUGAAAGAAAAGGGAGGAUCAUCAAGACAAGCUAUCCUGAAGUACAUCGUUGCUAACAACAAAGGUAUCAAUGCUGAAUCCGCAUCUCUUUACGUUAAAAUGGCACUGAGAGCUGGAGUGAAGAACGGGAGUUUAAAACAGUCUAAAGGUACCGGGGCCUCGGGAUCCUUCAAACUUGGAGAAAAGGCCGCAAAGAAACCAAAGGCCAAGAAAGCAGCCAAGCCCAAGAAGGCCGCCGUGAAGAAGCCCAAGAAGCCCGCAGCAAAGAAACCUGCAGGAGAGAAGAAGGCCGCCAAACCCAAGACGAAGAAGGCAAAGUCUCCCAAAAAGCCCAAAGCUGCUGGUGAGAAGAAGCCCAAGAAAGCUGCAAAGUCCCCAGCAAAGAAGAAGGCACCUGCUAAGCCCAAGGCAAAGAAAGCAGCAAAGCCCAAGAAGGCCGCAGCGAAAAAGUGAAUACAGUGCGGAAAAAAUGGAUAUAGUGCUAAGUGAAGUUUGAACUAUUUAUUUUGUACAUAUGUACAGAGACUCACCUGACUUACCUGUAGACAGUAGCUGAUGUGUUACAAUAUUUCAUAUUCAUCGGACUUCAGAUGGCAGCGAAGCAUACUCAUUAUGUACGACUGUUUUAUGCAAGGGGCAGUGUGAGAGCGAUCAUUGACUCAUGUUCAUCAGUAUCAUUUUAUAUCUGUUAACAGAGCUUACAUUUUCACUCCAUGAGUGUGUACAUAUUCAUCAUGUUUUUAAUUAUUAUGUGUCUUGAAAAACGAAGAAAAACCUAAUAUAAAAAUUAUAAAACUA